UUCUGAGUGACAAAUGAGACACAUACUGUAAAAUGAAAAUUUUCACCAGAUAAAUUUUCUUAUAAAAAAUUGUUUUCAGAUAGAUUUAAGACCUGAGGAUUUGGAUGUCUUGGAAAACUUUAACAGAGAAGUUGAGGAAGCGGUUAAAGAUUGGCCAUUUUAUUGUGGCCUUGAAUGUGCUGGUACAAACAACACUGUAAGUCACGUUGUACCACUGUUUUCAAAUUUUUUUAUGUUUUUAUUUUGUUUUGUAAAAAAAAAGCCUAAUUUUACUGAAGAGGAAAUAUGGCACUUUUGGGGUGGAGCGGUACCUCUAUCAACUCCAAUAUGCGGCUUUUCCAAUGAACUUUGUCGAGUGUCAUCGUGGGAUCGUUUUAAGAAACUGUUGAUUGUAGGCAUACUAUUAGUAGUAACGCUUAUAAUCGUGGCAGAGUUGAACUCUCGCUGGAAAAUUUCAUACUCCAAGUUGACUCCUCAUAAUAUUUUCAAUAAGGUUUUUAUGGUAAAAGUUAGAGAAGUCGAGAAUUUAAACAGAUUUUUUGGGCUUUCUGAGGAUGGGCUAAGAACAUUAGCACUAUGGAAGUAUUGUCAACGGGGAAGCUUAUUGGUAAUAUUACUGAAUAAUAAUUUUCUCUCUAAUUUUCCUCACUGGUGUCGCUUAAGUUGUUUGAUAUCUGAAAGAAAUUUUAUUUUUGAGGCGCUUCAAGCAGUGCACUCGUCACCGCUUAAAUUUCAUGGACAUUUAACGUCAAAAAACUGUUUGUUAACAGCUGAUUGGAAAUUAAAAAUUGGCGAUUACGGUUUAACAAAAUUUCGAUCUAAACUGUUAUGGACAGCACCAGAAGUGUUACGCCUGUCGAGAGGCUUUAGUCGAGAUCCCAAAGUGGACAUCUACAGUUAUGCAAUUAUAUGUUCAGAAGUUCUAACACGAAAAUCGCCGUGGGAUUUAGAAAAUAGAAAAGAAACAGCUGAAGAAAAUAAAACCAAAGUGAAACCGGAGUUGAUACACUUGGUGCACGAUUGUUGGGCAGACGAAGCACAUUGUCGUCCUGAUAUUAAUUUUAUUUGUAAAACAUUACGGGCAAUGAUUGAGGAGGAAAAAGAAAAUUUAAUGGAUCGAGCAUCAAAAGUUUUAGAAACCUAUGCAGAAGAGUUAGAAACGAAGGUUGAAGACCGAACGCACGAACUUGCUGAAGAGAAAAAACGAAGUGACAUUGUUUUGCAGAGAAUGUUGCCAAAGUUAGCAAAACGUUCACUGCAGUUUACUGCAGUAAUCUGUCAACCUGAAACUUUUGAGAGUGCCACUUUAUUUCUCUCUGACAUCGUAUCUUUUGCAAAAUUAGCUGCCAAAUGCACUCCGUUACAGGUAGUUGGUUUGUUAGAUAGCAUUUACGUCAAGAUGGAUUUGAUCAUCGGUGAAUAUGAUAUUUACAAGGUUGACACAUUUGGUGGCGGUUACCUUUGCGUUUCUGGACUGCCGGAAACUAAUGAAAAUCGUCAUGUGAAAGAAAUAGCAGACAUGGCUAUUCGGUUAGUAAGUACAAUGGAAAACUUCAAAAUAAACUAUUUACCGGAAGAACACGUAGAAAUACGAAUUGGCAUCCACACAGGUUUUUUAACCGCUGGAGUGAUUGGUGUAACAAUGCCUCGGUACUGUGUGUUUGGAGACAGUGUCGCUGUUGUUUCUACAUUGGAAAAAAGUGGCAAAGGGAACCAAAUUCAUAUAUCAAGCGCGACAUAUAGUAUGCUGAAAGAUAAUUUCGGUGGUUAUUUAUAUGAAAAAAGAGGAGAGAUUAUCGGUAACAUGGAAACUUAUUGGCUACUUGGAUAUUCAAAUUCACCUUCAAAAGCUCCAGAAGAAAAUCAUGUUAAAGGGGCUAUGUAUUACAAGUACAGGGACGACAAAGGUGCUCAAAUUGCUUAG